ACCAGGCGCAAGCGCACAACAGUAAAGAAUGCGGACUUUCGUCGCACACUGGAUACAGAACGCUGGUAGAAAAGCUUUAAAGCUUUAAAGAGGAAAAUGAUGUCGAAAACACAUACACAGCCCUCGUCGGUGACUACGACCACCGGUGGCCAUUCCUCCUCCUCUUCCUCCUCGCCCGCAGGAGGCACGACUUCUCCCGCCAACGUCCUGCACGUACAGCCUGAGAAACCUCAACACUAUACGUAUCUGAAGGAGUUCAGGACAGAACAGUGUCCUUUGUUUGUACAGCACAAGUGUACCCAGCACCGGCCCUUUGCCUGCUUCCACUGGCACUUCCUGAACCAGCGGCGCCGCAGACCCAUCCGCAGGCGGGACGGAACCUUCAACUACAGCCCAGACGUCUACUGCACCAAAUACGACGAGGGCACAGGCACCUGCCCUGAUGGGGACGAAUGUCCGUUCCUGCAUCGUACGGCGGGCGACACAGAGCGGAGGUACCAUCUGAGGUACUAUAAGACAGGUUCCUGUAUCCACGAGACGGACGGGAAGGGCCACUGCAGUAAGAACGGCUCCCACUGCGCCUUUGCACACGGAUCACAUGACCUACGAUGUCCCGUCUACGACAUCAGGGAGGUGCAGGUGAUAGAGUCUCAGGGGGGGUCGGGGGCUGCAGAGGGAGGAGAAGGGGAGGGCCAGUCGGGGCUGGCGGCCAGUACCGCCCUCAUUGAGAAGAUCUUGAGUGAGGAACCCCGUUGGCAGGAUAACAACUAUGUGUUGUCCCGCUACAAGACAGAUCUGUGUAAAAAACCUCCUCGUCUGUGUCGCCAAGGUUACGCCUGUCCCUACUACCACAACAGCAAAGACAGGCGGCGUAGUCCACACACACACAAAUACAGAGCGCUGCCGUGCCCAGCUGUGAAGCACAGUGAGGAGUGGGGAGACCCCAGUAAGUGUGAAGGUGAAGAGGGAUGCCAGUACUGCCACACACGUAGCGAGCAGCAGUUUCACCCUGAGAUCUAUAAAUCCUCCAGGUGUAAUGACAUGCAACAGUGUGGCAGCUGCCCCAGAGGCCCUUUCUGUGCCUUUGCACACCUAGACAACAAGGGAUGCUCCAGCCCUGGGAGCCGAGGUGGGAGGUCUGGGUCUCUGUCUGGAGGUCCGUUCUCCCCGUCAGGGGGGUUGUGUGUGGCAGAGCAGGGCCUGUUAGGGAGGGUGCUGUCGAUGUGUGGGGGAGGCGAACCCCUCUCCCCCUGGGCUAGAGAGGGGGGGUAUGGUAGGGCACCGGGGUACGAGAGGGAAGACCAGGCCAAACAGAAGAGUUUUGCCAUGGAGCAACGCAACAGAGAAAUGGCGUACCAUCUCAGCAAACAGGAUCUGUUGGUGUUCCUCCCAGUGGGUAGUCCUCUGAGUCUGUCCUCCAGUGUUCCCUCCAGCCUGGCAGCCACCCCUCCCAGCCCGGCCCCUCCAGGACCCCUCCACCAGGGCCACCACGGAGCCCCAACACCAGGCCUCUCCUCGGGCAUGAAUGCCAACGCACUGCCCUUCUACCCCACCAGCGACACCGUCGAGUCUGUAGUUGAGUCAGCUCUGGAUGACCUGGACCUGAAUGACUUUGGGAUGUCUGCCCUGGAGAGAAGCCUGGACAGCAGCUCAGCUAUGCCCCGAGCCAUGCUGGGAGGGAACCAGCUCCAGAGUUCGGCUCCCGUCAACAUCCCAGGAUCCCUCUGCAGCUCCGCCCCUUUCAGCUCGCCCUCGCCCUCUCCACCAAUCAGAGCCCACCAGUCACCGUUCUUCUCCUCCCAUCUGUCGCAGCCCAGCCAAUCAGAAAGCAGCUUCUUGGGGCCAUCACAUAGCUCUCUAGGUCUGAAUGGUGUGAGCAGUAGUAUCUGGGAGCACCCGUCAGGCCAGGGUUCCCCCGGUACGCCGCCGGCCCUGCUACCCACCAUGGGCCAGAGCAUGGAGACAGCCCGGGUCCGACAGGAACUAGACGAUACUAACAGACUACUGAAACACUGGGACCACACCUGGAGACAUACAGCACAGUCAUGGGCGGCUUUGAAGUCGGAUGCGGAGGAGUCUCGCGGCUCGGCCGGACGGUUAGCUUUAGAAGCAGAGCGUGCCAGGCAGGCUGAGGAGCAGGCGCAGAGACAGACCUCCUUCCUCCAGGAGGCGCUGGAGGGCAUGAGGGCAGGAGAAAACCCCCACCUGGCCCUGCACCAGCUACAGCUGAUCCACAGACUGCCUCUAGAGUCUGUCGUCAGUCUGCAGGCCCAGCUCUGUACAUGUCUACAAGCCGUGGAGCAGGUGGUGUAUAGAAAGCAGAGGCAGUGUUGUGUGAUGUGUGGAGGACAGGGCUCAGUCUCUCAGCCCUGUGGACACGGUCUACAGUGUGACAGCUGCUCUACAGAGUGCCCCCUCUGUCCAGAACAGACCCUGGAUCAGUUAUCCUGACCAAACUAGCUACAGCCCAGCAGAUCCCCCAACACUGAUCUCAGACCAGCCCUAUUCACUUACUCAAACAGCCCAGUUGACCCUAACACUGAGUGACUGACUUUAGACCAGAUCCAGACCAGUUGUUCUAACGCUAUGGAGUAUAGAUAAUCUGUUGUCUCUUACCUCUGAUCCUAGAUCAGAUAUCCUCACCCAGAGACCAUCCUGCUGUCCCUAGAUUAGAAAUGUUUUAUUCAAACACUGCGUGUGCAUAAGAAAUGAUUCAGGAUCAGCUCUCCUCACCACAGACCUGACUUUAACAAUUACGAACUAAACCACACAACUGACUCAGUCAGUUGUUAAGGGCACUCUUGACUGCUAUCCCAUGAUGCUACAGCCUAAUGCCUCGAUCACACCGACAGUGUCAUUGCGUUUUGGUACACCAGAAGUACAUUAAUUUCCAAUGGAACGCUGCG